GGAGGGGGUUGAGAGAGGAGGAGAAGAGCUGUUGAGGUCGGGGGAGGAGAUGGAGAGCUUUGGCAGAGAGGGGGGCAGAGGGGACACAUCAGCUCCACCUCUAGACAGACACUGAGAUGAUGCACAGCGGGCUCCACACUCGGCAACUGCACCCCUAGCUCCUAACUCUCACUUGGGAUCAGCAGCAGGAAGGGAAGGAGACCGGGAGCGCCCUCUCAUUCACUCGCAUAGAGAACUCAUUGUGACCGGCUUAUCUGAAGGAUUUUAGUGAGGGGUGGGGGGGACUGAGCUUGGGUUCAGUCUCCUGCCACCGGGAAAAAGAAGGAGCAGAAUGCGGGUUGUCCUGCCGCCUAGGAGCGCCGCGUGUACCACAGGAGCCUGAGCUGAGGGAAGGAGGAGAAGCCGGGACAGUAGCGGAUGCUCAGCUUUACCUUCAGUGCCAGUGAGUCCAUGAAAAAUACAGAUACAACAGACCCUUCAGAAACAGAACGAGGUAAACACAGACCUUUUACUCAAGGAAAAAGAAAGCCUGAAACAAUGCCUUGGUUGUAGCUUCUCCAUGAAGGGGGCAGGGAAUUCUUCCCCACACUAGAAAGGAAGGAACAAGCCAUUGACAUUUCCCUUUGCCAUGGAUAAAAUACCAAACCUGCCUAUGGAUUUUAGAGAUAUUUUGAGAACUGUCAGGAUGAAGGCCAAAUAUGCACUGUUCGUGGGUUUUGUGGUGGUUCUGGUCAUUAUCGAGAAAGAAAACAAAAUCAUCUCAAAGGUAUCAGAUAAACUUAAUUUGAAGCAAAUCCCACAGAACAUCUUUGAGGCUAACAGUACGGAGAACGGUGUCUACUUAGAGAAUGGUUCUCUCAUGUCACUCAAUGAGCUUGACUCUGCCUUUUCACAGUUCAGGAACAAAUUAGUAAAUGUUACUCUUCAAUAUGGGGGAAAGCAGCCAUUUUUUGAAGAUCUUCCAAAAGGUCCUCGCCGACAUGUACUCCUCAUGGCCACCACACGCACUGGCUCUUCUUUUGUAGGGGAAUUUUUUAAUCAACAGGACAAUAUAUUCUACUUGUUUGAACCUCUCUGGCACAUUGAAAGAACGGUAUCGUUUGAAUCUGUUGGUGCCAAUGCAGUGGGUUCAGCAAUUGUCUACAGAGAUGUCCUUCAGCAACUUUUCCUAUGUGAUCUUCAUAUUCUGGAGAGCUUUAUCUCACCACCCCCUGAAAACCACCUUACAAGAUUCAUGUUUCGAAGAGGUUCUAGCAGAUCAUUAUGUGAAGACCCCGUUUGUACUCCAUUUGUAAAAAAGGCCUUUGAGAGGUACCACUGCAAAAGUCGGAGAUGUGGCCCCCUGAAUAUGACACUAGCUAUGGAAGCCUGUUUAAAUAAAGACCAUGUGGCUGUUAAAGCAGUGCGCAUACGCCAGUUGGAAUAUUUACGCACUUUAGUUGAAGACCCUCGUUUGGAUAUGAGGAUUAUCCAGCUAGUACGGGAUCCAAGAGCUGUGCUAGCUUCGCGCAUGGUAGCUUUUUCCGGCAAGUAUGAGUCAUGGAAAAAAUGGGCAUUGGAGGGAGCAGCUCCAAUACCUGAAGAAGAAGUCCAAAAGUUAAAGGGCAACUGUGAAAGCAUCCGUAUGUCUGCUGAGCUAGGUUUAAAGCAACCAGAGUGGCUUAGGGGAAGGUACAUGCUGAUGCGUUAUGAAGAUAUUGCAAGGUCCCCGCUUCAAAAGGCCAAAGAGAUGUACAGAUUUGCUGGCAUUUCAGUCACUCCACAGGUGGAGCAAUGGAUCAUCAAAAACACACAAGCAUCCCAAGAUAAUAAUGGCAUAUAUUCUACACAAAAGAACUCUUCAGAACAGUUUGAGAAGUGGCGGUUCAGUAUACCCUUCAAACUGGCUCAGGUGGUCCAGGAUGUUUGUAAGCCAGCUAUGAAGUUGUUUGGUUAUAAACUGGCCAAUGAUUUAGAGACACUUACAAACCGUUCCAUUAGUUUGUUAGAAGAAAGGGUUAAUUUUUGGGUGACGUAAUGUUCUUUUUAAUUAUUUAUAUCUUGCUUUUCUAUCAAGUCCUCAAAACAAAGAUGGGAAAGGAGCUGAUUUGCACCUGCUGAGCCGCAAAGCCCCAUCUUUGAAGCCUAUAUGCAUUUUCCAGUGAAUUGUUUCCUAAAUUAGGAAGCUUUGUUCUCUACCUGCAGUGGCAAAGAAGAUGCUUAAGGCUGAUUAUUAAGAUUGGCUUUAAAAUUGAAUGAAUCCUGCUGAUGUAUACAAACUGCCUACUUCGAUCCAAUAACUAAAUGAAGGCUAGUGUAAGAGAAAGCUGGCUUCUUUUUUUAACAAAGCAUCUUCUCAGCACAUUCAAUGUUCUCAAGCUGAAUGGUUUAUCUCUGCACUAAAAAUGCACCCAAAGAGGUUUAAAAACAAUAGGGCAUAUGCACAAUGUGACUUUAAUUCUGGAGCAGCUUUACAAUUGCUAUGUAUUUUUAUAAUACUAACAAUAGCUUUACAUUUUAAGAUAGCUGUUUCCUAAAAAAUACAUACUGUAUUUUCUCACAUUGGACAGAAUGUGUUGAGGUCUAAACCUUUUUUCUAUAUGAAACUAUGAAUAUGUUUUAGACAUUUAAAUUCAGUGCAUUUGAUCGCGAGAGCGCUUGUGCACUCAAACUCCCUGCCGCACUUGAAAAGAAAUACCUUGCAGUAGAGAUUAGUGCAGCAUAAGGAGAUUAAUUCAAUAUCUUUUCUAUUUAAUUUGUACUGUUUCCAGUUGGGUGGAGAACCAGCUAUGGCUCUGCAAGAGUAAACAAUUCAUGUUCCCGAAACAGAGGAAGUUUUUCCCUCUCCCCCCCCCCCC